UGGCUGAUAUUUCUCAGUUUGGUAGAAGUCACAUUACCGUGUUUAACCUUCCAAAGUAUAUAGGCUACGCUCCUAACAAAAGCUAACUAGAUUCCUCAGAAUUUCGAGGAUACAUUUUGCGUUUUGUAGAGCCGCCAUGGACGGUAACAUUGCCAAAAUUAUUGCAACCUUAGUGGCAGCUCUGGCAAUACGUAUAUUUGCUUUACCAGGUCCGGCAAUAGUUGGGAAUAGCCAAAAGGGCAAGAAUGAAAAUGAAGAGGACAGGAAUUCAAAUGAGGAGGAACUUCAAGGUGGAAUUGUUCCAGUCAGUCUUCAAUGGAGGAAUAUCACCUGCACAUUAUCAGACAAGGCUGGUAAAACGAUGAGAUUUCUACUUACAAAUGUUAGUGGCGAAGCAAAAUCAGGGCGCCUACUUGCAAUUAUGGGACCUUCAGGUUCUGGGAAGACUACAUUACUUAAUGUUCUAGCUGGCCAACUUGUUGCAUCCCCUCGAUUACAUCUCAUGGGACGACUAUAUGUCAAUGGAAAUCCAUUCUCUUCUGCCUCUCAUAAGAUAGCUUAUGUAACACAGGAGGACCUUUUCUUCUCUCAGUUAACAGUCCGGGAAACUCUGUCUCUAGCUGCGGAGCUCCAGCUUUCAAAGUUAACAACAUCUGAAGAUAGGGAAAAAUAUGUGGAUGAUCUUCUUUAUCGCCUAGGCCUGGUAAGUUGCGCAGACUCUAUUGUUGGUGAUGCAAAAGUGCGAGGAAUCAGUGGAGGUGAAAAGAAAAGGUUGUCUGUUGCUUGUGAACUGAUUGCCAGCCCAUCUGUGAUAUUUGCAGAUGAACCAACAACUGGGUUGGAUGCUUUCCAGGCGGAGAAGGUCAUGGAAACACUUCAAAAACUUGCUCAAGAUGGACAUACUGUAGUGUGUUCUAUUCACCAGCCGCGAGGUUCAAUCUAUUUAAAGUUUGAUGACUUAAUAUUAUUAUCUGAAGGUGCAGUUGUAUAUGCUGGUCCAGCCAAAGAAGAACCUUUGUCCUAUUUUAGCAAACUUGGGUUUGUUUGUGAUGAGCAUGUAAAUCCGGCUGAGUUUUUCGCAGAUCUCAUAUCAAUUGACUACAGCUCACAUCAAAGUGAAGAAUCAUCUCAUAAACGGAUCGAUUACCUAGUAGAGGUGUUUGCCAAGAAAUCUGCAGAAGAAACAGAUGGUAGCUUGAAUUUGGAUAUGCAAACUACUAAGAUAUUUAGGGCACCUCAGAAAUUUGUUUCCCCUCACAAGGGUGGGUGGUGGAAGCAAUUUCGUUUAUUAUUGAAGCGUGCAUGGAUGCAGGCUACUCGAGACGGGCCUACAAACAAAGUACGGGCAAGGAUGUCUGUUGCUUCUGCAUUGAUAUUUGGGUCUAUAUUUUGGCGAAUGGGAUUAUCCCAAACAUCCAUACAGGACCGUAUGGGACUUCUUCAGGUGGCAGCUAUCAACACUGCAAUGGCGGCACUCACCAAGACUGUUGGUGUUUUUCCAAAGGAGCGUGCUAUUGUAGAUAGGGAACGUGCAAAGGGUUCUUAUGCGGUAGGGCCUUAUCUUAUUUCAAAGUUGUUAGCUGAGAUUCCUGUUGGGGCUGCCUUUCCUUUAUUAUUUGGUACAAUUCUAUAUCCUAUGGCACGUCUUCAUCCCACUUUAUUGAGGUUUGGAAAGUUUUCUACUAUAGUGACAGUGGAGUCAUUUGCUGCAUCAGCUAUGGGUUUAACUGUGGGUGCCAUGGUGCCAACCACCGAGGCAGCCAUGGCUUUAGGGCCAUCACUUAUGACUGUUUUCCUUGUAUUUGGAGGUUAUUAUGUUAACUCAGAAAACACGCCAGUAGUUUUUCGAUGGAUCCCACGCAUUUCUCUUAUUAGAUGGGCUUUUCAAGCCCUUUGCAUGAAUGAAUUCAACGGUCUACAAUUUGAGAAACAACAUUCUUUUGACCUUGAGACUGGCGAGCAGGUGUUGGAAAGGCUAUCAUUUAGUGGGAGUUCUGUGGGCAAUUCAUUGGUUCAAGAAGGCCGCAUAGUACUAUUUUGGUACUGGAUGACUUAUGUUCUCCUGAAAACCAAGAAGCCAAAAUAUCAAUCACUAGAGAUUCCACGGGCUAAACUCGAGCCUUCACCGGUGUUGGAGGAAAUGAAAGAAGAAACUUCUGUCCCUGGAAAAGCCGAAUGAAAAUAUGUAUGCUCUUAUUAUUGACUGGGAAAACAUGUAAAUAAUUACGCUGUUCUACAAUUUCAAGUUAAUUACUGCUGAUAUGAGGAGCACUUUAAUAUGCGCCAGUGGUAUUUUUUAUGGGUUUUUUAUCUUUGCGAAUCAGUUUAGUCUAUCACAAUUUGAAAGAAAAAAUAUUCACCAAGAUGUUAAAUAAAAUUUACGUAAAUCAUUAGAUUCACAUCA